CGUAACGUGAUAAUAAUUUAAUGCAACAUCGAACUAUCGAAGUUCAAUUAAUUGGCAAAAAGUCGAAACUACAAUAAUAUUAUUGAUUACUAUUUAUUUUAUUAUGUUUAGUACUUACUGCUUGUAUUGUAUACGAUAUACUUACUAGUUAAAUCUGCGAUACUUCCGGUCGGUGGCCAAGGAUAUUAAACCACACAUUCGCAGCCUCGCGAGCUCGCAGCGACUCGGACUAUUUCGUUUACGCUUCAGAAAUGUUCCGGAACCGGGUGAAACAGAUCAGUUGGUUCGUUUACGAAUCGUUCGCAAGGACUGUUGGAUACCGGCAGGUCCAUCGUGCCAUCAAGUCAUCUCCAAAUAUCCGACUUCCGGUGACGUUGAGCCUAGCCCUUCCCUUCUUUGGCAACAAAAAGACAAGCUUAACACAAGCCAACGAACGCGAUUUGGACGUCGACGAUGACAAACUAAUCUUGCAACAAAAACUUAUUGAAGCUGAUCAGCUUUUUCUGGCGAAUAAGUAUGAGGACGUUGUACGUUUACUUGGAGAGUACAAGGACAAAAAUGACGUACAAGUACUAUGGCGUUUGAGCAAAGCUGAAUACAAUAUGAGUUUAGAUGAGAACAUUAGCAAGGAGAAAAAGAAAUCUUUGAUAUCAUCAGCACAUGAAUCUAUUAUUAAAGCAUUAAGCAUUGAUUCGAAUAUAUCUGAAGUUCACAAAUGGGCUGCUGUCUUAAUUGAUGCAUACAGUAAUAUCAAUUUAGGAAUAAAAGAACAAUUGCUUAAAUUGGAAACUGUAAAAUUUCAUUUACAAAUGGCAUUGGAACUAAACCCAAAAGAUCCAUUUAUACGAUACAUGAUUGGUUAUUGGUGUUACAAUCUUGCUGAUACCUCUUGGUUUCGUAGAAAACUUGGAUCAAUUAUAUUUGGCACUGAAAUUCCUGAGUCGACAUACGAAGAAGCAUUAGAAUAUUUUAGAGAAGCUGAAUCAAUUCAACCUAAGUUUUACUGCAAAAAUCUUCUUAUGUUGGGCAAAACAUUUUUGAAGAUGGACAACAAGUUUAGUGCCGAGUAUUAUCUGAAACUAGUCACUCAAUAUCCUGUUAAAACUGUUGAGGACCAUCAGGCCAAAAUUGAAGCAGAAAAAAUUCUUAAAUCAUCGUUUGGGUUAUAAUAAAACUACUAUAUUUUUCUUCUGCAAUUUCAUGACAUUUGGAUUAUCUUCAC